UCAACAGGAUUUUUUUUUAUAAAAGUCGGCUUUUAUGAAAAAGUAGUUUUUUUUUCUUAAUAACUGUACUGGCUCACUGGCUACAUCAAAAAAAUUUAAAAUUGCUUGGAUGUUCAAUUUAUACAACUCGGCUAAAAGCAUUUUUAAUAUUGACCGGGCGGAAACAUUUAAAACCAUCCCCGUUGUGCGUAAAAUGGCAGGAGCAACUUUGGCGGUGGUAGUAGAGAAGUUAAACGAUUUUGCACCUGAGAAUCUGGCUGAAAAGUGGGAUAAUGUAGGCUUGUUAAUCGAACCUUACACUAAAAGGAACAUCAGUAAAAUUUUAUUAACGAAUGAUCUUACAGAGAACGUUAUGAGCGAAGCAUUGGCUAGAAGUUCCGACAUGAUUAUUUCGUAUCAUCCGCCAAUUUUUGCACCGCUGAAAAGAAUUACGCAAAAAUCAUGGAAAGAACGGAUAGUUUCGAUUUGCCUAGAAAAUAAAAUUGCUCUAUAUUCACCACAUACUAGUUGGGAUAGCGUUACGAAUGGAGUAAAUGACUGGCUAGCAUCAGCUCUGCCUCUUGCCAGCGCGCAACCCGUUUUAGAAAAUUUAUCUAAUCCAUCAUUUGGUGCCGGAAGAAUAUGUGUUGUUCAAGGUGAAAUAACAUUAGGCGCUGCAGUUGAUCGCAUUAAAGCAUAUACUAAACUAAAGGACAUAAAAUUAGCAAUCGCUGUCAACCGAAACAUCGAGUCCCCAAUUCGUACAUUUGCCGUUUGCGCCGGGUCUGGCAUAAAUGUGCUUAAAGGAGUAAAGGCAGAUUUAUAUAUUACAGGUGAAAUGUUUCAUCAUGAUGUGUUGGAUGCAAAUCAUCAAAACAUCCAUGUGAUUUUACUGAAUCAUAGCAAUUCAGAACGAGGAUACCUACCGAUAUUUCGACAGAUUCUGCUUAAUAUGCUGAAAGAAUAUCAGGGAAUUCAGAUUGAUUUAUCCGAACAGGAUAUCGAUCCAUUGCAGACUUAUUGAUUUCCGGUGUACCACUGGUAACACUCGCAGUAUGAUCCUGAACAAAUGCGUCAGCAGCAGCCGUACAAUCAGCAACAGCUGCAGCAGUCGCAAUUGCUCAGCGGUUGCGGUGUCACUUCCGGAGUCAGUAACCCCGGUCUUCUCCCCUCAGUCGCAAUUACCAAUCAACGACAGACCAAACAGAAGCGAGUUGUUUGUAGCAACAAGAAGCGAAAAUCUAAAUAAGUUAAUACUAUUUCGACGAAACAAGCGAAAAGAUUAAUUUGUUGUAAAUAAAGCAGUACGUUCAGCUAUUGUUCGACGUAAUCUAUUUUGUGUGUAAGUUCAACAUCUAAACAUAAAUCCAUAGUACUAGAGUAAAACGAAUAAGCUUAGCUGUUUUUGUAAUUGAAUAAUUAGCAUAUCGUUACUUAAAAUCAACAGUGUGUAGCGUUAAGUGAAUAUUGCGAGUUUUUUUCCUCGGUCGAACAUGUAGUAAAUAUUCCAAAAUGUGUAUUCUCGGGUACUUUUUCAUUUCGACGUAUCUGCAAAUGAGAGAUUCUCUUCGUGUCUCCUCCCUUCCGCGGUUUACGGCGAUGCAAUACUAAUGCAUUUUGACACAUCAGCUUUGCCAAAUGUUUUGACAAUUUUCUUUUCAAUGUAUUAGUAUCGCCGUAAAAAGCGGAAGAGAGGAGACACGAAGAGAAUCUCUCAUUUGCAAAUACGUCGAACUGAAAAAGUACCCGAGUAUUGACGACUAGUAAAGGCCCGCGCAGCAUUGGUACUUUACGGUUGCGUUUGCGUUAACCUGACAGUUCUCCCAUACAAUUUGACAGAUUAUCUGUCAGAUCUACGCAAACGCUACCAUAAAGUACUAAUUCUGCGCGGGCCUUAAGUGUGGAUAUCGCUGCGGAGAUGUUUAUUGCGACACUUAAAAAAAUUCCAAGCAGAUUACAUCAGAAAAGAGUAUGAGAAUACAACUCGGUAUGAUUUCACAGCGUGCUCGAAACAUUUAUAUGAUUUCCAAUAUAGGGUAAGGAUGGGCAAGACGGAUCACCUAAGGGAAGCAUUCGAUGCGUUUCUCAACACAUUCAAUUUUAACCCACUUAACAUUUACUUAGAUAGAGUCACUUAUAAUCUCUUCCGAAAGAAAGAACAAAUUCGAUUUUUCCAUGAUUCAAAAUUUUUUUGUGAGCACAUUUAAAAGACUUGUUAUUUUGAGCUCUCAAAAAAGUACGAGGCAAGGCCAAAGUACGUGGCAGGACCAAAUUGCGAGCCAAAAAAGGUUGCCUAACAAAGAGCGAAAUUUAAUAUCAAAAACCUUUGUAAAUUGUUUACAGAAACAAACAUUAUUUAUUGUUACUGCAGCAAAAAGGGCUUAAAUAUUGCAAAAUUAACAACAAAACAAACAAAACGAAACAAAAUAAAAAUUAGUUAUAUUAGACAAAUAGUAAAAUAUCAGAAAACAAACCUUUGAUACAGUGUUGUUCUCAUUCGGAAAUCGCUAGUGCAACUACGUAUUUAUUGACAAAUUCCCCUAAUUCCAGAUUACAACACUUUCUAGUUAUGUCUGUGUUGGUGCUUGAAAAUGAGGCAAACAACAACAGUAAACAAAAGAGAUGCAUUCCUUUGUCACCAAGGUACAGAAUGAAUUUCUUCUUCCGCUGGGUUAAAUGCGAAAUUUUAAAAAUAUGUGCUUGAAUUUGAAACAGGAUGAAAAAUUUGACAAAAUACGUGCUUUUCUGUGGCAAACGGAGCAACACACAACUAAUAGAUCAUUACACGGGACCUCCUAACCACACUUUUUUGACAGCACUUGGUGGUUUGUUUACAUGGUGUUAAAGUUUGAAUUGAGUUUUCUAUCUUUGUCCGGCAGAUAAUGAUCAAAAAUUAUAGUUUUUAUUUAAGAGAAAGCGCCUUACAUGCAUUUUAAAGCAACUGAUGCAGUAAUCCUUGUCACAUCCAGCAGUUUCGAUUUGAAAUUUCGUGAAGGAUUACUGCAUCAGUUUCUGUAAAAUACAUGUAAGGCACUUUCUCUUGAAUAAGAACUAUAAAUUUUUAUCAUUAUCUGCCGGACAAAAAUAGAAAACUCAAUUCAAAAUUUAACACCAUGUAAACAAACCACCAAGUGCUGUCAAAAAUGUGUGGUUAGGAGCUCCCGUGUAAUGAUCUAUAAUCGCUAUUUUUCGGUUUGUUCCUCCAGCACCAGCUGUACCGCCAACAUGAGGCAAACAUCAUAUACACUUGUCGAUUUUAUCGACACGUAAUGAUAGAUAUGAUCAGUUAAUUCCAUUUUCAAUAAGCAAUUAUAUUUUGCUGAACGUUUGUUGACAUAUAGCGAAUCGAUAAAUGGAAUGACAAGUUUUAGGAAAUUAUAACAGCGCUGGAAGCACUAACUACGUGGCGAAAACGUGCUCUGCCAAUACAGCUGCAUUUUUAAGCCAUCAAACGGAUAGCCAUUCAAGCCACUUUCGGUUUCCUAUUAAGUCUGCUUCGUAUCGUUUCGUUUAUUUCAUGUGUCUCGUGGUCGUGAGAAAUGCAGAGAUUUUACAUUUAAAUUUUUCUAUCGAAAACAGAUAAAAUAUAAUUUCCGAGUUAUGACGAUUAUAAAAGAUAAAUACUUAAAGUACUAUAUGAAAAAAAAAAUGUUGGCUUGGAUUGAGAAGCCUUUCAGGUUAAUGCAACUGAUCUAUCUUGCCAUGUGACCCGUCUUGCUCCAUCUUACUCUCAUAAUAAACAAUAUCGCAUUUUCAAAUAGUGAUUGUGUGCAGGAGAAAUAUCGUAGUAAAGCGAUCAUUUGUUUGUCAAGUAAACUUGGUAAUCUAACAGCAUGCAAACAUAACAUGAUUUAAAUAAAAGGUAAG